CGCCAAUACUCCAUUUGACCCUCGGUGGAGCGGAGAGGCGGAUAGAUAGCGUCAGGGAUGCAAGUCUAGAUUUGUAAUAGUAGGUUUGAUUCAGAGACUCCUAGUAACAAGCCAACAAUAAGCUAGCAUGGCCAAGCAGAGCAAUAUUUUCAAGUUCUUUACUAAGUCACCACCUAUUUCCAGUAAGCAGAAGACUAACGCGUCUCCUGUUGAAGCGGAUCUACCGUCUGCGGUGCGCAAAUCUAACACUUCCCCCAAAGAAGAAGCGAAACAAGCAAGUUCUGCAAGCAGCAAGAAAGCCCCGGCGAAGUCCAGCAAAACAACAGUGAAAGCUGGGGUCAGUAAGCUUUUUGCAGAGAAAAAGCCUGCAGUUAAAGAAAGUGAGUCGUGCCAGUUCCGCGCGGGGGCUCUGGUAUGGGCGAAGCUGGAGGGGCACCCCUGGUGGCCGUGCCUGGUGUACCCCCACCCUGUGAGCGGGGAGCAGCUGCGGGGACGAGGCCAGGCGCAGCGCCUGCACGUGCAGUUCUUCGACGAGCCCCCCAGCAGGGGCUGGGUCAGCACAAAGUACAUCCGGGAGUAUGAGGGCUCAGACUCCAGUGAUGCAAAGGUGGGUGGCACGUUCUUCAGUGGGAAGCCGGUGAUCCGGAGGGCGAUGGAGAUGGCAGACAGUGCCAUGAAAGACGACCCAGGGAAGAGAUUGCAGCUUGCGGUGUGCACAGAGCCCUCUGACGAUGAAGACGAGGAAGAGAUGGAGGUGGACAAAUCAUCAGACAGCGAUGAGGAGGAGGUGAAGCCCAGCCGGAGGACCAAGAGGAGGAGUCAGGAGUCUGAGCAGAAGACCAAGAGGCGCCGGAUCACGGUGGCGUCGGACAGCGAGAACUCGGACGAAGAGUUCCGGCCCGAGGAGGCGGAGGCCAGCAGCGACGAGGCCAGCAGCAGCGGGGUGGACGAACACGAGGUCAGCGAACCGGAAACGGAGUCCGAGCCGGAGAGCCCCGUCAAACCCGUCAAGCGCAAGAGGGAGCCUGAAAGAGCCUCGAAGAUGGGCAGUUCCUCCGAGACGCCAAAGAGAUCCCCGUCCGUGUCUGUGGAUACCAGGUCCAGGCUGUCGGCCUUUUCUGCUCCAGAGACUUUCGAAAGCCAGACAAGUUCUGGGGGAGCUGCUGGCAGUGGCGCCACAGUCUGGGACCACGAAAAAUUGGACUGGCUUCAGGAUGGCAAAAGAAAAGAUGCCAAGAGACGGAAACAGACAGACCCCGACUAUGAUCCCUGUACUCUCUUUGUCCCAGAGGACUUCUUCAACAAAGCCACUCCUGGCAUGCGCAGGUGGUGGCAGCUCAAGUCUGAGAUGUUUGAUGCUGUGCUUUUCUACAAAGUGGGUAAAUUCUAUGAGCUGUACCACAUGGAUGCUGUUAUAGGGGUGAACGAGCUAGGGCUGACCUUCAUGAAGGGUACCUGGGCUCACUCCGGCUUCCCUGAGAUUGGAUUUGCUCGCUUCUCUGAUGUUCUCGUCCAAAAGGGGUACAAAGUGGCAAGAGUGGAGCAGCUGGAGACCCCAGAGAUGAUGGAGGCUAGAUGCAAAAGCAUGGUACGUCCCACUAAGUUUGACAGGGUGGUGCGCAGGGAAGUGUGCAGGGUGAUCACCAAAGGCACCCAGACCUACAGUGUCCUGGAUGGUGCACCUUCAGAGAGCCACAGCAAGUACCUGCUGUGUAUCAAGGAGAAGGCGGUAGAGGAGACCUCUGGGUGCCAGCACACCUACGGGGUGAGUUUCGUGGACACUUCGGUGGGCAAGUUCUACGUAGGUCAGUUUCAAGACGAUCGCCACUGUUCCCGUUUCAGGACUCUAGUUGCACACUACAAUCCAGCUCAAGUGCUUUUUGAAAAGGGAAACCCCUCCGCCGAAACUAGAAAGAUUUUGAAAGCUUCCCUGGCUUCUGCCAUGCAGGAGGGUUUGCAUCCUGGAUCUCAGUUCUGGGAUGCUUCUAAAACACUAAAAGUCCUCGCUGAGGAGGACUACUUUAAAGAGAACGGUACAAAAAAUGGAGAUGCUAAGGAGACACUGCCUGCUGUGCUCAGAGCCAUGACCUCGGAGAGUGACACUCUGGGCCUCACACCUGGGGAGGGGUAUGAGCUGGCCUUGUCUGCGCUUGGCGGCUGUGUGUUCUACCUGAAGAAGUGUCUGGUGGACCAAGAGCUGCUGUCUAUGGGUAAAUUUGAGGAGUAUGUUCCCCUUGAUGUGGAAAUGAACCAGGCUGGGGGAUCCACCAGCUUCUUUGCCAAGACCCAGCAGCGCAUGGUGUUAGAUGGUGUUGCACUGACUAACCUGGAGAUCUUGCAGAAUGCAGCAACAGGCACAGCAGAGGGCACCCUGCUGGAGAGGCUGGAUACUUGUUGCACACCCUUUGGUAAAAGGCUCCUGAAACAAUGGUUAUGUGCUCCGCUGUGCAAUCCCUUCUCCAUUAGUGACCGACUGGAUGCCCUGGAGGAUCUCAUGGCUGUCCCUGACAAAAUGGCAGAAUCUACUGAGUUGUUAAAGAAGCUUCCUGACCUGGAAAGACUACUGAGCAAGAUCCAUAGCAUGGGCUCUCCCCUGAAAAGCAAAGAUCACCCUGACAGUAAGGCCAUCCUGUACGAGGAGACUACCUAUAGCAAGCGUAAGAUUGCAGACUUCCUUUCUGCCCUAGAAGGCUUCAAAAUCAUGCAGCAGAUUAUUUCAGCCUUUCAGCCAGCUGUGAAGGACUUCCGGUCUAAGCUGCUGAGGCAGGUGGUCACCUUUAAAGCUGAAAGUGAAGAGGGGCUUUUCCCAGACCUGUCUGGGGAGCUAAACAGGUGGGACACGGCCUUUGACCACCAGAAGGCUCGCAACACUGGCAUCAUAACUCCCAAGAGUGGCUUUGACCCAGAAUUUGACCAGGCUCUGAUUGGAAUCAAGCAAACAGAGGCCUCCCUGCAGGAGUAUCUUGACCGGCAACGCAAACGUCUGGGCUGCAAGGCUAUAGUAUACUGGGGCACUGGCAGGAAUCGCUACCAGAUGGAAAUUCCAGACAGCGUCACGGACAGGUAUGUGCCUGAAGACUACGAGGUCAAGUCCACCAAGAAGGGUUGCAAGCGCUACUGGAGCAAGGACAUUGAGCGACUGCUGGGGGACUUGGUGAGCUGGGAAGAGAAGAGGGAUGGAGCACUGAAAGACUGCAUGAGGAGGCUCUUCUACAACUUUGACAAGAAUCACAAAGACUGGCAGACUGCAGUGGAGUGCAUGGCGGUCCUAGAUGUGCUGCUCUGCUUGGCCCGGUACAGUCAGGGGGGAGACGGGCCCAUGUGCCGCCCGGACGUGCUCUUACCCGAGGACUCCGGCUCGCAGCCCUUCCUCCUGCUGAGCGGCUCCCGCCACCCCUGCAUCGCCAAGACGUUCUUCGGAGACGACUUCAUCCCCAACGACGUCUGCAUUGGCUGUGCUGGCGGGGAGGAGGGGGAGGACGGGCAGGCGUCCUGCGUGCUGGUUACCGGGCCGAACAUGGGUGGCAAGUCCACCCUCAUGAGACAGUGUGGUCUUGUGGUCAUUUUGGCCCAGCUUGGCUGCUACGUUCCUGCAGAGAGCUUUAAGCUGACACCAGUUGACAGGGUCUUCACUAGGCUGGGAGCAUCGGACAGGAUCAUGGCAGGUGAAAGUACUUUCUUUGUGGAGCUAAGUGAGACUGCAAGCAUUCUUCACCACGGAACAUGCCAUUCCCUUGUGCUCCUUGAUGAAUUAGGAAGGGGCACAGCUACUUAUGAUGGAACUGCAAUUGCAAGUGCUGUGGUUAAAGAACUGGCAGCAAACAUCAAAUGUCGCACUUUGUUUUCCACCCACUACCACUCCCUUGUGGAAGAUUUCUCACACUACCCCGCAGUGCGCCUGGGCCACAUGGCAUGCAUGGUUGAGAAUGAGUGCGAAGACCCAAGCCAGGAAACUAUCACAUUCCUGUACAAAUUCAUUUGUGGAGCCUGCCCAAAGAGCUAUGGAUUCAAUGCUGCCAGACUCGCUAACAUCCCAGAGGACGUCAUUCAGACUGGCCAUAGGAAGGCAAAGGAAUUUGAGAGGACCACCACCUCCCUUCGGAUUUUUAAGCAGCUCUGUUCUUUUGCUGAAGACGUAAAUGCUGACUCAAUUUGCUUCUCUACGCUGAUGAAGAAAAUGAUUGCAGUUUAAACAGCUUCACGCAGUCUCAACCAUCCCAUUACCCCCCAUAAAAUGUUCUUCAAUACUGUAAUGAUCUAAUAAAGUUUAUUUUUAAAAAUGA